UUUUUUUGUUGCUCGAAACCCGCUGCCUCCAGGACAGAGCUUGCUUGUCUGCCGUUGGAUCGUUUGUUUUCAUUAAUUCCUUUGACGGUUCGAGCUUGCCGUUGCGUGUUUCCCUCGAGGACCAAUCUCCCCUCUACCGCUUUCUUUGGCCGCCGCGUUGCGUCGACCGCCCGCCGAACUUACACCCUGCUGCUCGACCGACCCCAAGUCUAGUCGGCGUCUUCCACUCCCGAGCGGCUAUUACCGGACGAACGGCGCCACGACACUCACGGCACUACAAAACAGCUUCUGCGCUUGAACAAAGCUUCAUUCAAUGAGAAAUCGCGGAGACAAGACAAUCUCAACGCCCGGUAUCCCUGCUGGACAUUAUUGGUACCGAGACGCCGCCGCACUUAUUACAGCGAGGGCUUUGGAUGUUUGUCAGCGCACUUGAACGAGGAAGAAAACGCCACAUUCCUGCGUAAAGGAGCUUUAUUGCCCGGCAUCCUGCUCAUCUACGAACCGUUUACGCUCGCCGACCAGCAGUGUCACUAGCAAAAACCGAAUUUCAGCCAAAACUCUGAGAAUUCGCGACGAUGGCGCCCGACACUUCCAACGAUUCAUCCGCCAGUGGCUCAUUAUCGCCGUCACCAUCCAUCGCCGAGCCCGCGGACAAGUCCAAAAAGAGAGCCGCCCCUGGCAGCGACAAUGCCUCUGAGGCCCCGCAAAAGGUCACCAAGCGCCGUGCUGCGCGUGCCUGCGUCUCAUGCCGCGCUCGCAAGGUGCGCUGCGACGUGGUUGAGGGCGCGCCCUGCGGAAACUGUCGAUGGGACAACGUCGAGUGCAUCGUGCAAGAAAGCCGUCGGCGCAAGUAGGUGAAAUCCAUUCCGUUCCCGCACCAUUUCCUGGGAGAGUAUCGCGUCUAAUCCACCGAGGGGCCCGGGGGCGGCGGGAGAAAGUGGCGGAUCAUGUCCGCCUGUCCUUCACUCGCGUCCGUUCGCCCGGUCGGGCGCCCCCUCUGCGGUGCAGUGCGGUCCGGGGGGUGUGGGUGUGGGUGUGGAUUGAUUUGCUUUGCGUCACAAGCGCACGCGCAUGCAAGACGGCUGCACUCACACAAGCCCAGCAGCCCGCCUGCAGAUGGGGGACCUCCCUACCCGCAAUAAUUCCCGCUGUCGUGCACCUCUUUUGGCAAGCCCAAGCAUGGCUGACCCCGAUUAUUAGGAAGAACCUUGUCACGGCGGCAAAUGCCGUGGGGCCUGGUGCUGGUGCCAAUGGCGGGUCAGCCGAGGCUCAGCUGCAGCAGCACCAUCAUCAGAGCCACCAGGCCCAGCACCAGCACCCACAGCAGCACCAGCAGCACCAGCAGCAACAAUUGCGAAGCAAGGCCACCGCCGGCUCAGGCGCCCCAACGGGCAACCCGCUGGCCGCCAUCAAUGGCCCUGCCGCGGCGGCUGCGGCGGCCAGGCGGGCGAGCGAGGCCAAGAGCAGCUUCAGCAGCGUGGACGGGCAUGUCCCGCACAUGAUCUGUGAGUGUUUUGUCUUCUGCCCGCUGGACACGUCCCAACACGCCCGCCCGCGUUCUCCAAUUUUCCCUUUGCUCCCGCCCCCUUGGCUUGCCCUUCGGCCGGCGAUGGAUCGUCUGCAUGGCCGGCGUUUUGGACAUGGCCUCCGACUCCGUGUCGUCUCCGCAUCUCCCGCAAUUCGCCCCUUCUCCAGCUUUUUCGUCGACCCACCUCCGCCCCCAGCCCAGCCCCGAGAACCCCAACAUGAGCCCCAAAACCUCCUUUUCCGGAGUUUUGAGUUCGGGCUAGGAAGGUGGGGCCCCGCCGAGCGUUCCUGCACGGGCUGGGGCAUGGGCAUGGCCGCAUGGGCAUCACGAGUCUCACCUACCUUUGACUUGUCCUGUCUCACCGGCCUCCUUGUGACGCGGAGCCGCACUCUCCCCCUCCUUUCACGUGCAAAUGGCGGAAGCCCGCCGCACCCUCACCUUCACGCCUCUCCCUCACCGAUGCCGCGCCGUCAGGCACGAUGACGAUGUCUAGCGCACCCCACUGACCACGAGACCAGACCAACGCUCUGCCGGAUACCGCAGUCAUAGCGACGCUAGCUCCAUGCUGGGCCGCGUCCCGUCUGAAAGCACGCCCACGCUCCCCUCGCCCCAGCUCCCGUGGAAUCCCAGCCUCGCUGGUCACGCCGACCUCUUUGGCAACGGCCGGACUGCCCAGUUCCUCAACUCGCUCGAGCCUCCCGAUGCUGGCACCCACCUGCCGCCCUUUGUCCGCCCUCUGCCCACCAAGAUCGCGCCUGAGGAUGUGCAGUACCUUUACGCAAAGGGUGCCCUGACGCUGCCCUCGACGCCUCUGCAGAACGGGCUGCUGCAGUCGUACGUCGAGUAUGUGCACCCCUACAUGCCGCUCAUGGACCUCCAUGGCUUCCUCAACAUUGUCAACCGCCGCGACGGGCUCAAUGGCCAGACGAGCCUGCUCCUCUACCAGGCCAUGAUGUUCUCGGCCACCGCCUUUGUCGACAUGAAGCACCUGCGGGAGGCAGGCUAUGCAACUCGCAAGGCCGCCAGGAAAGCCUUUUUCCAGAAGACCAGGCUCCUCUACGACUUCGACUACGAAUCAGACCGCCUUGUCCUCGUCCAGGCUCUCAUGCUCAUGACCUACUGGUAUGAGACCCCUGAUGACCAGAAGGACACAUGGCAUUGGAUGGGCGUGGCCAUCUCCCUGGCCCACACCAUCGGCCUCCACCGCAACCCGGAGGCGACGAGCAUGUCCGUCUCCAAGCAGCGCCUGUGGAAGCGCAUUUGGUGGUCGUGCUUUAUGCGCGACCGCCUCAUCGCGCUGGGCAUGCGCCGCCCAACUCGCAUCAAGGACGAGGACUUUGACGUGCCCAUGCUCGUCGAGACAGAUUUCGAGAUCCAAGCGCUGCCCGAAAGCAACACCGUCAUCCCCAAGGAAUGCAGGCUCAUGCGCGAUGUGGCCAUGCAGCGCGAAUUGGCUACCAUGUGCAUCGCAAAGGCCAAGCUGUGUGUCUGCAUCAGCCACAUGCUGAAAGCCCAGUACUCUGUCCUCAUCCGUGACAAGAUGAAGCCUGAGAACACGACCAACAGCACCAUGAUGCUGUUUCCAAACAAGCAGCUGGACAACGUUGAAAGCAUCAACGCCGUAGACAUCGAGCUCAGCGCCUGGGCCGAGUCUCUGCCCGAGUGCUGCAACUACCGCCCCCUCAAUCCUCUCGACGUCAAGGACGGCAAGUCUACCGUUGCGGUACAACGAACGCUGCUGCACAUGGUCUACCAUACGACCAUCUCGGCUCUUCACCGACCUCAAUUCCUUCCCUCGUCCCCGUCGCAAGCACCGACGACGUCCCGACAAACACAGGAGAUUUCGCGCUUGCGCGUCCGGGAUGCGGCCUCGCAGAUCACUCGCAUGGCGACGGAGCUGCAUCAUCUCCGACUCGAGCGAUAUCUGCCAACGACCGGCGUGACGGUGAUUCUACCGGCGAUGAUCAUUCACCUCCUCGAGAUGAAGAACCCGACGCCACAGGCUCGCGAUCGUGCGACCAAGGGCUUUCGCCAGUGCAUGCGCGUCAUGGAGAAGCUAAGGGAGAUAUACGCCGCGGCCGACUAUGCCACUGGUUUCUUGGAUGCUGCACUGCGCAAGGCAGCAAUCGACGUUUCGACGAGCGUCUCGCAGUCCACCCUUUCCCUGAUGAAGCAAGUGCCAGUGGAGUUCAGCGCCCAGACUCCGCCUCCGGAGAACGUGCCGUACAUGACGGCCUCGGAGUCGCUGUUCCAGGAGAUGCCGAAGCUGGCACAGAGGCAGACGAUGCUGCCGCCCAACACCGUCAAUGCUGCGGUGCUUGAGCUGUCAACGAACUCGCCGCCGCAAACGGACUUCGAUUCGGCUGACAUGACGCCCAGCACCAGUGGGGGAUCGGACGCGGCGCAAGUCGACCUGGACACAGUCGACCUUGACUUUAUGCAGGGCCACGACGAGUUUGACUGGAACGCGGUGGCGGGCACCGACUUUGACGUGGACCAGUGGCUGCAAUUUCCGGCCGAGGGAGUCAAUGGCCAGGACGAAGGUAUGGCUGACGAGGUGCUUGGCGCCAACGGAGAAGACGAAAGCAAGACGAUGGAGCAGGUGCUCAGCUUGGCAGCCCUGGACGACGAUGGCGACACGAAGAUGCAGGCGAUCGAGCCUAACACAAAUAUGGAGGUGUCUGCGCAGGCAUGACGGUUACUACGGCGACUCUCCGUCGUCGGCCAGAACCACGCAACGCAAUCGUCAACACCUGCUCCUCCGUGGCAGCAAUCUUGAUCAUGUGGUGUCCACCAACAAGGACACGGGAGUGUAUGUCUUGGCCGAUUCAAUAAUCAUUACGUUUGGGGCCACCAGUUGUGUUUGACAGGGUGUAGACUGGGCGGUGUUUGGCGUUGCAUAUGCCUGGUUGGGUCAGGUAACGGAGCAUCUUUCUGGAGAUUGGCGUUUUGGGUGGGCUGGGAAAGUCAAAAGAAGUCGUCGGAAAGGCAACGACACGAAUUUCAUGAACGGAUGUAUCAGAUGCUCUCUCAAGAGCGGCCGCUUAGUUAGGCGACCAAGUAUGAAGCAAGUUGAGAGAUUGCCGAAUGGUGAUGCCUGGCGCGUUGGCAGUGUCUGAGAAGCGCGACAAUGAACUGUGAGAAGUGAGCACGGGUGAAGCUGUGCUGGGACAGACGGCGGGCGAUGGCCGGCCAACAGUCGGAUCAGCGGCAUCAUUUAAUCUAAAGAAAAGUGUACCGACCUCGUGCAUGGGGUUUGCAUCACCACCACGUCGGUGUCAUGAGCGACGGAGCGGGUACUUCUUUUAAUAGUCGCG